AUGGCGACAAUCGACGAAGGAACCGCGCCAAACGCAACUGUCUACGCCAGGAACCUGUCGGAGCGCAUCAAGAUCCCCCAGCUGAUCGAGUCGUUGCGCGAGAUCUUCGAAGAAUAUGGAACCAUUGUCGACAUUGUUGCCAAGUCCAGCUUGAAGCGCAAAGGACAGGCUUUCAUCGUCUUUGACAGCGUCCAGUCUGCUGAGAAUGCCAUCGACGAAGUCAACGGAUUCGAGUUGUACGGCCAAUCCAUGUCGCUGGAUUUUGCAAAAACAAGGAGCGAUGCAACUGUGCAAAGAGAAGGAACAUCCGAGGAGUUCGAACAACACAAGCGUCAUCGCAAGGCCGAGAAGGAACGCAAACAAGCCCUCGAAGCAGCCGAAGCAGCCAAGAACCUCAAGCGACCAGCACAAGGUGCACCAGAACCCGAAGCAGCUGCUCAACGCGCACCCAAGACAGCACGUGGUGCUGGCCUCAAGGGCACAUCCGGCGCCGGUGCGGGAGUCGUGCCCGAUGAAUACCUGCCGCCAAACAAGAUUCUGUUCAUCAGACAGGUACCCGAGGAUUACGGAGUCGAUGCGCUUACAGCCAUCUUUUCGCGCUUCCCCGGCUUCAAAGAGGUCCGUACUGUACCUGGCCGUAAAGGUAUUGCUUUCGUCGAGUACGAAGCAGAAGACGGAGCCAUUAGUGCCAAAGAGGCCACGGCCGGCAUGUCACUAGGCGACAACACCAUCAGAGUCACGUUCCAGCGUCAAUAA